CUCAGCGGCAGCAUCUUUGCACUUCAGGAUAAAGCCAGCGACACGCUGAAGCUCCACUGGGAUCAUAGUCUGCCUAUCAAUAACUUCUCUGAUGAGAUUAUUUCUUAGUUUUUAAUCCCAGGACAUAUUUUUUAAACUGCAGAAAAUCAUCAUCCUGGAAACGAUGGACAAGCAGAGCUGGAACAAUGCCACCAUCAUCAACAGCUCCACUGAUAAGUUCUCUUUUGACCAAGUCGGGACUUUCCAGCACCAGGACUCCGGUGAGCUCAGGGUCCUGGUGCCAGCUAUUCUGGGAGUCAUCUGUGUUUUGGGUGUGGCCUGCAACCUCACUGCAAUGGUCAUCCUCUUCUCAAACGCUCACAGGGGCAAACUCUCGCUGAUCAACUCCCUCAUCUUCAAUUUGAUGUUUGCCGAUGGGCUCGUGUUGAUGUUUACGGUGCCGUUCAGAGCCGCGUCCUUCUCCAAAGCCAGCUGGAAUCUGGGCUGGGUGGUGUGCAAGACAGCUGACUGGUUCCUACAAUCCUGCAUGGUGGCUAAGAGCCUCACAGUGGCCAUUAUGGCCAAAGCGUGCUACCGCUAUGUCUCAAACCCAACCAAGCAGGUGAGCAUCCACCUGGGUUCCAUCCUGGUGGUGCUCCUCUUCAUCUGGCUGUCUGCCUGCUUGGUCACCAUCCCCCUGUGGCUCUUUGCAAGGCUGCAGAGAGAGGUCAGCGGGCUGGUGUGUUUGAUGAAGGUUUCUCCUGAAGCCCAGAAUUUCAUGUCAGUGUACACCAAUGCGUACCCUCUUGGGGUCUACUGUGCCCCCCUCACCUUUGCCUUGAUGUACUUCUGGAAAGCUUACAGCCGAUGCCAGCGCCGCUCAAGUAAGACACAGAAUCUGCGCACCCAGGUCAGAUCAAGCCGACUCACGCUCAUUCUUUUCAGCCUCACUGUGGCCAUGGCUGUCCUCUGGCUUCCUCAAUGGGUGGUGUGGUUUUGGGAGCGCCGUUUGGCAGUGAAGGAAAUCGGAGUGGCUCAGCCUCUGCUGGCUUCUCCCCCCCUUUUUCUGGUCCUCUCUGCCCAGCUGCUUAUCUUCUCUCUGUCGCUGAUAAAUCCUCUCAUUGUUCUCUUUCUCUCUGAGGAGUUCAGGGAGGGCUACAGGGGGCUGUGGAGACGCCUCACUCUACGCAAGCAGCCUCCACCUAAGCCAAAGCCUGGACCUCACAAUCCCACUUCACUCCAGUCGCCCUGUCCCAGGCCGGAGACCUCUGGGCAGCUAAGCUGGGAGAGCAGCCUUCAGUUUGGCUCCAGCCAGGAAGCCCCAGAGGAUCAAGCUCAGCUGAAGAAAGCAGCUGGAAAAGAAGGGAGAGAAGCAGACAAGGUGAGCCUCAAAGAUGGCUUCGUUUUGCCAGACGUGGAGCAGUUCUGGCACGAGCGGGAAACGGAAUUGGAGACAGUGGAAAACGAUCCUGUGCCAUGGGAGAACCUGACAGAAGAAGGGAAAAAAUAGCAACCCCAUUUCCUGGCUGAUCAUCAGCAAUCUGUGGCUGAGAGGACUGCAGAGUGCAACAGCGUUAUAUUUUCUCAUUAGGUAAAUGUGGUUUCAUCUGAGUUUAUUAAAACACGAUCAGAGCAGCAUCUUCUGUUUUCAUUUUUAAAGCAUUCAUCUAUGUAGUCUGAAACAGAAUAGCUUAGAGAAAACUUCCAUGUGAUUAUUAUUUGUGGUGGUGAAGCUUGUAAGAAAAUUAUAAAAUGUGCAAAAUUAAACAUUUUCAGCAAACUAUAUAAUAUUGAGAACUAUAUGUACUAUUUUACUAUCAUUCUUUGUAAAAGAAAAUUGUAUUUGGAGUUUUAAAGUAACACUGGAAAGUCUGUUUAUUGUCCCUUAUUUAUUCCCGAUCAAUGUGGAUCUAACAUUUGCUGUCAAUAAAGAUUCAGGCAAAGUGUAGCCUGAGCUUGUCUGUCUUGUUUUCCUGUAAUGCUAUAAGUGUCAGCAGUCUUCAAUUUGUUGGAUUCCAACUGAUUCUAGGUCAUUAAAGUCAUUUUUGUGUGAA